AUGAAGAAGAAGAAAAAAAAACCACCACCACCGCCAAAGCCAGUGGAAAAAAUUGUUACCUGUGGUGAUAGCUUCAAGACUAUCAAAGACUCAGCAGAUUUACCACCUGGUAAAGGUUCAUGCAAAGGAUACAAUGGUCUACGUUACUUUUGCAAAUGGACAACAUGCCAUUGGGAAACCACAAAAGGCCGCAAACCAUUCCAGAAAUUCCCUAGCAAGUCCAAAUUUUUCAACAGCCUCUUGGUAAAAAAAAUUGAUAGUUUAAAACUACGACUAAUAAUCUUUCUGCCCCCUUGGCUCUCAUCGUCUGCGAAUCCAUCAGUUAAUCAAGAGUGGCACUACGAAAAUUGCGUGCGUUUCCCCUUUGAUGGAGAGCAACUCCGCCUGGCUGGCAAGGAUGCUGGCAAGCCUCCAAAGCCAAAGUUCGUGAAACAAGUGGCUACAGGCCAAUUCUGGGCCCACAAUAAGCAAAAAUACCUUGUUGUCAAUGGUAUUGAUGACCCAUUAGACCAGGCGGAACACCCUUACGUAUGUGCAUGGACUGAUUUGGAUGAUCGCAACAACGCAUUCAGACCUGUGUGUCAUGGAUGCGUCCGCAAUGACUUCAUAGAAUUACCCGAACCAAACAUCCCAGCACCAAAGUGA